AUGAAUAGUGUGUUUGAAUAUUUCAUUUCAAGUGAAAUAUUCAAAGAGAUCUUAGAAUGUGUCGAGUAUUUGCACUCAUCUGAUCCGCCAGUUAUUCAUCGGGAUCUCAAACCCGACAACAUAUUAAUUGGUCACACCAUUGAGUCCAAUCGGUUUGUAAAACUAUGUGACUUUGGUUUGGCCACCGAUCACAACAUCGACAGACAAACUGCCAGCCGAUACGAGCACUCGGUUGUGGGCACUUUGGCAUAUAUGGCACCCGAAGUGGUUUCUGGUAAGCAAUAUAACCACAAAUCAGACAUUUAUAGUCUUCAUAUAAUCGGUGAACAGUUGUUUGGUAUCGAUCUUCAGGCUUCGCAAUCAUUUGAAGCCAAUGAGUCAGCGUUCAAACAGUGCAUACAAUGCAUGUAUCAAAUGCUUAAGAAAAUGGCCAAAACACCCAAUUGGAGGAAACGACCCGAUUGUCGGGAAGUGUUGGCCACACAUAACGACUGGGGUAUCAAUAAGACUGUUGUCGCGAAUCACAAGGAAUUCAAUUCAAGUGUGUACUGUACGGUGUUUGACAGCGAAACAUCAGCGUAG